AGAAAAUGUUUUCAACACUAAAACGAAAACAAAAUAUUUGUUUGCAUUUGAAAUGAAAAGAAGUAAUGAUUUAAUGGUUUUGUCAAAGAUAUAGAAAUUAUUAUUGAUUUGUAGAGGAAUUGAAUGACAAAGUGAUCGACAAUGCGAUCGAUGUCUGUAUCGCUGUUUCGGACAACCGAUGGUCUGCUGAAAGAGUCGCGACUCUUAAGGUCUGGCGUUUCGUUCAAAUCCAUGUUUUGGUCGACUCUCUCGAAGACCAAAGUGUUGUUUCGGGUCCUUCUGUCGCGAACAUCGGGUCAGCCGUACAACGCGUGGCACUCCGUGUCGGCUGACCUGAAGACCCGCAUUAUUGCAAACCCGGAAACCCGUUUGCUUUACACCUCGAAGAAUGUAUGGAUCGCGAGAUUACUCAACGGACCGAAGACUUUGAUUAAUCGAUUUGUUUUGACACGAAUCGAGUCCAAAGUGAACCCGAAGGCCAUCAUCGGAAGCACUGGCCUGUCGUUAGUGAACCCGAAGGCCAUCAUCGGAAGCACUGGCCUGUCGUUAGGUUUGGUCGGCGUUUGUGUCAAAGCGAACGGACCGACGCUUAUGACCGAAACCGACGAAAUGGAGACCAAUUGUCAAGAGAUCCGUAAUAUCUUCCACUCUUACCGUCAAAUGCAGUUCAAGACAAAUGUAUUGAAAACGCAAGACUUGUCUUUGGAUAACAUCGAGUUUGGUUCGUGUAUUGCAAAGGGAUGUAAUGGAGUCGUCUAUUCGGCAAAACUCAAAACCGGUCCACAAGUAUCUAACGAUUGGUUUGCAAUCAAAAUGUUGUUUAAUUUUGAGGCCGAGUCUAACGCUAAGGAUGUGUGGAAUGCGUUAAAUAAGGAGUGCAUUCCCUUUGCCGGAGAUUUUAUGCCCAAUGGAGACAAUUCAUUGGCUAAACGUCACAAAUUGGUUCCGCACCCGAAUAUAGUGGACAUUAAGGGCGUAUUUGUGGACCGAACUCCUGAGUUGGAGGGCGCUCUCCAUUUAUAUCCCGAUGCUUUGCCCAUAAGAAUGGGUGGUUUUGCCAGAAAUAUGACCCUUUUUAUUGUCGAGAAACGAUACGAUAUGUCACUCAAGCAAUACCUGUCCACUUGUCAACCGCCGAGUCAUACAUCUCUUGUAUUGUUGACGCAACUGUUGGAAGGCCUGUCCUUUUUGACUAAAUGCCAAAUCACUCACAGAGAUCUUAAGACAGAUAAUAUUCUACUCACGUUUGAUGACAACUCAGAUAUCCCGUGGCUUGUGAUCACUGAUUUUGGUUUCUCUCUGACGUCGUUAUCCCUGUCUUUUCCCUGCGAUGAGGUCUGUCGUGGAGGCAAUCGGGCACUGAUGGCACCGGAGAUAAUCGGCGCUCAGAGCGGGCUUUUGGUACGACUGGAUUACUCGAGUUCAGACCUGUGGGCCGUCGGUGCCAUCGCUUAUGAAUUAUUCAAUGGAUUGAAUCCAUUCUAUCCGUAUCCGCAAAGAAGCCAAUGCUUACAAAGUAAUUCUUACGAUGAAUUACAACUCCCGGAACCGCCCAUAGAUAUGCCGCCAUUGAUUCGGGCACUCAUUCUGUCGUUUUUAUCCAGAAAUCCAAAUAAAAGAACUCAAGUGACAACUGGAGUGAAUGUGUGCCACAUUUGCCUACAUAUGAGUCCUUCUCUGAUUCGCAAACUGUUGGCAACCAAUUGUCACAUCAAAAGAUCCAAACUUGUGUUUCAAUGGAUUAAAACGCUUACAAUGACUACACUAUCGAAGAGAAGAACACAAUUCAAUUCAAGAGAGUUGUCUCAAAUUGAA